AUGACAACUUCGGCCAGGGUUAAUUUCUAUGCCGUGCUGGGGAACGAACUUUGCUACAUUUCAGUAUCUGCAAACAGUAGAAUCGCGCAUAUCUUCGAAUACCUCAAGUCCCGCUAUCUCGAAACUCAUCAAGUCCUGAAGAGGAUCUCGUAUAAGCAAUGCAAGUUCUACAAAUUCAAGAACCCUGUAAUAAUCCUCGACGACGUCUUGGACGACGCCGACAUCGUCCAACAAUGUCUGGAUGAGCAAAAUUGGACAGAAGUGUUACCGGAUAGAUCUUUGAAAGUACUGGGAUCAGAACUAAGAAACGAUCAUGUCUACUUGGUGAUCAAGCUUCCGCAACUUGAAGAGGAGGCCAUUCAAAAUGUGCUUAAGAAAGAUGAAGAGCUUUUUCGUCACUUGCAAGUCACUGUAGCAAAGCUGCAGUCAUGGACCGCGCGAGACGUUGAACAUAACUUGGACGGUGGCACCUGGCUGACUGAUAGCCAAGGACGGCCAGAUUCAAUCGCUGACAUAGAGGAUCGACUGGCUCGAGCGCGUACAUACGCUGUACCAAACAACGACCCGCCAUCUUAUGCGGACUCUCCAAGGUUGUUAUCAGGUUCAACCCGGUCGAUCACCCCGAUCACACCCGCUAGAUUCAUCCCCUUCCCGGAUGCGACAAGUGACCUGGAAAAUGCCUCCAGUUACAAGGCACUUUUUGAUAACAUAUUUUUACCCGCUGUACCCACUGAGGACCACCCCGUCGAUGUGAAGGAUACCCGAGAAUUCGCGGCCUUCUUCAGCGUCCUCCGUUCUUACCACCAAGACUGUGCUCUUCUGGUGAACGACUCCUCCUCCUCCCAGAAGGCUAGCAAUUUCACUGUGCAUUUUAUAUCGCCGCCUUUCUUUUCCCAUCGUAGUGGACAUUUUAAAUACAGGGAGCAGACGCCUUGGGAAUUUCCCAUCUUUCUGAAUACCAGGGAUAAUCGCAACGCCUGGUGCAAGUUCUCCCCAGCCAGCGAUUGCAUGGUUUCGUCUACGUCAUUUCUUUGCCCCUUCAUGAUCUGUCAAGUGGUUUCACAGAGAAGCGAGUCCGAUCGAUUCCGCAUGCUAGUUCAAGGCAUCGCUCUUGCGCGCCUAGGACAAUGUUUCAUGUCAAGAGGAGAGAAAUUCUUCGUUGUGGCAAUUUAUCUCCGUGAAACUUUGACUGCCGAAAGAUAUAUCGUUACCCAGCCUGGUGCAGACAGAAAGGUAUUCAUUGUCCAGAAAAAUUUCGACCUUACAAAGGCCGAUGAGGCAGUCGCAUUCCUUCGUGAGAUGUACAACCUCGCGCAGGAGCUAGACGAUUUGGCAGGCAAAAUUGAUCCAAAGAACAAGACACGCCUUAACGACAUCAAGGUUGCCGCUUUCGAGGUGAUUUCUCUUACGUCACAAGCUCAGCACAACAAAACACCGAGAACGACAUUGGCCUCCGUCUUCGAAGAAAAUCGUGAAGCCAGUGGCGUUCAGGAUGAUCUCGGCGUCUUUGAUGCUGAUGACAUUCAAGGAAUUUUGAAAAAGAUGGAUUACCAGAUCUUGUUCAUUGUAUUUGGGCAUCCGUUCCUCGCCUUGGUGUCAAAUAUCGAGGAUGAUUCUCAACAAGGAUAUCUCAAAUUCGUGAAAGAGGGGCAAAAGGAGAUCGAGAUCUUGCGAUACCUCACGGGAAUUGAAUCUCCUUCAAACCACACCAUCUCGCCAGUCCAAAUCUGGUCGGUGCAAGGGGGUGACGUCAUAUCAAUGCCUAUGGCUGGCAGCCACCUUACCAGUCUAUCCAACGCCGGUGCGCAUCUAUGGCCUGUGGCCGAGCAGCUGUUCGAAGCUGUUGACUUCAUGCAUCAGCAUGGCGUGGCGCACCUGGAUCUGAAGCCUCCAAAUAUCCUCCUCCCCGCCGACGGCGGCCGCCUGUCUAUCAUCGACUUCAACAGAUCCGUACGCGUCAAAGGCACUGAAACAAUGUUCCGCGGUAUCGUUGGUACCAUCGGAUAUCUUGCGCCUGAAGUCGCGGCUGGUCAAGGCCUCUACAGCGCAAUCCGCGCGGACUUGUGGUCCUGUGGAAAGACGUUGGACGAGCUGUGCUCCAUGUGUAGUCCAUCCAGGGAUCGCAACGCGCUACUUGAAAUAGCUCGAGAGCUCAUGAAUGAAGACCCGAGACAGCGACCGAUGAUGUCAGAUGUCUUGAAGAGGCUGGCGUAUUACAAGGUUGAUGCCAAUACAAGGACCAGUUUCUCAUCUGUCGCACCACCGACCGCCCUGGUAACACCGGAAGUGCACGCUUGAGCUCAACCCGCUUG